AUGAUUCCCCCCGCGGACUCUUUACUCAAGUAUGACACCCCGGUGCUGGUGAGCCGGAAUACGGAGAAACGGAGCCCCAAAGCUCGGCCAUUGAAAGUCAGCCCCCAGCAGCCUGGACCCUCAGGUCCAGUCCCACCGCCACCCAAGUCCAAGCUCUCAAUUUCAUGUGUCCCAGAUCCUACAAAACAGGCAGAAGAAAUCUUGAAUGCUAUCCUGCCCCCAAGGGAGUGGGUGGAAGACACACAGCUAUGGAUCCAGCAGGUGUCCAGCACGCCCAGCACCCGGAUGGAUGUGGUGCACCUUCAGGAGCAGCUGGACCUGAAGCUGCAGCAGCGGCAGGCCAGGGAGACUGGUAUCUGUCCUGUCCGCAGGGAGCUCUACUCACAGUGUUUUGAUGAGCUGAUUCGUGAGGUCACCAUCAACUGUGCGGAGAGGGGGCUGCUGCUGCUGCGAGUCCGGGACGAGAUCCGCAUGACCAUCGCUGCCUACCAGACCUUGUAUGAGAGCAGCGUGGCGUUUGGCAUGAGGAAGGCGCUGCAGGCUGAACAGGGGAAGUCAGACAUGGAGAGGAAAAUUGCAGAAUUGGAAACAGAAAAGAGAGACUUGGAGAGGCAAGUCAAUGAGCAGAAGGCAAAGUGCGAGGCCACGGAGAAGCGGGAGAACGAGAGGAGGCAGGUGGAGGAGAAGAAGCACAAUGAGGAAAUUCAGUUCCUGAAGCGGACUAAUCAACAGCUGAAGGCCCAACUGGAAGGCAUUAUUGCACCAAAGAAGUGA